CGCGGUUGCACAGCCACAACUGGAAAGUCCAGAAGCUCUGCUACAUCUUUACUGAGGAACUGCUCUGUUUAUACACUGGUCAAAGCUUUGUGGAGCAGUGUUUGUAAUACCAAGUCCCAUCUUUUUUCCUCCAUCUCAUUUAAGAAGGCCAUGAGCCAGUUUUUUCUCUGGCUGCAUUAUGAACCUCCGCACAGUAGGGGGUUCUGUGUUAAACACCCUGCGACCUAGCCCUGCCGUAGGUGGUGGUGGAGGAGCCCGCUGGGGCUCGCUUUCUCUGAAGCCAAUGUCUGGCUUGCUACACACCAUGGUUCCUUCAGGUUACACUGCCCUGCAGGAGGAAAGACUGCCCAUGGUGGAACUAAGCUCUCCCAAGUCUGAGACGCACCAAAACGGCUUUCACUGUGAAGGACGUCGCCUUUCUGAUCGCUCUGGAGAUGGACGAUAUGGCGAGACUGAACCUAUGCUGUCUGAUGGCCGACUCUCAGGAGAGGAGGCAGACGAGGAAGAGGGCAGUGAAGAGGAGGGGCAGAGACCAGCCACACGGAACAUGCCCAAGGAGUCACCGCUUGCCAUGGCACUGCAGAUUCUGGUACCUUUUCUGCUGGCUGGUUUUGGCACUGUGUCAGCUGGCAUGGUGUUAGACAUUGUGCAGCAUUGGGAUGCAUUCAAAGAUGUCACAGAGAUCUUCAUUCUGGUCCCUGCUCUUCUGGGUCUGAAAGGAAACCUGGAGAUGACACUAGCCUCCAGACUCUCCACAGCGGUAAAUGUUGGAAAAAUGGACUCUCCCAUAGAAAAGUGGAACCUUAUCAUUGGGAAUUUGGCGCUUAAACAGGUACAAGCUACAGUGGUGGGGUUUCUGGCAGCGGUGGCGGCCAUGGUUCUUGGAUGGAUACCUGAAGGAAAGUUUCAGAUGAGUCAUGCUGUUCUCCUUUGUUCAAGCAGUGUGGCCACAGCCUUCAUAGCCUCCAUGCUUCAAGGCAUCAUCAUGGUGGGCGUGAUUGUGGGCUCGAAGAAAACAGGCAUUAACCCUGAUAACGUAGCCACACCUAUUGCUGCCAGCUUCGGAGACCUCAUUACGCUAGCCAUCCUAGCAUGGAUCAGUCAGGGGCUUUAUAACUGCCUGGGCUCCCGCCCGUACGUGUCAUAUUUGGUUUGUGCCUUUUUCUUGUGCCUGACUCCAGUGUGGAUGGUCAUCUCCUCUAAACACCCAGCUAGCAGACAGCUUCUCUACUCUGGUUGGGAGCCGGUCAUAACGGCCAUGGUCAUCAGCAGUAUUGGGGGUCUCAUCCUGGAUAAAACCGUGUCCGACCCCAACCUGGCUGGUAUUGUGGUCUAUACCCCUGUAAUAAAUGGUAUUGGUGGAAACCUGGUUGCUAUCCAGUCUAGUCGAAUCUCUACAUACCUGCACUUUCACAGUAACCCAGGAGAGGUACCAGAGGAGGCCAGAGGCUGCUAUUAUCCUUGCCGUACCUUCUGUGGCUCAGGAGCCAAUCACCGGUCAGCGCAGGUGCUGCUCUUGUUGGUAAUCCCCGGUCAUGUGAUCUUCCUGUACACCAUUCAUCUGAUGAAGAGUGGCCACACCACACUGACACCAAUCUUCAUGACUGUUUAUUUGGCUACAGCGCUACUACAGGUCCUCCUGUUGCUGUGUAUAGCAGACUGGAUGGUGCACUCUAUGUGGAAAAAUGGGAAGGACCCGGACAGUUUCUCCAUCCCAUACCUAACAGCCUUGGGCGACUUCCUGGGAACAGCUCUUUUGGCCCUUAGCUUUCACUUCCUGUUUUUGAUUGGGGAUCAGGACAGUGACGUCGGUGAUUAGAGUCAAUAUUUUGACCCACAUACGUCUGUUAAGUUUCAGCCAAAGCAAUGCCGGUUUGCUAGGAGGCUGCUGAUCGCAUCGGUAAAAGCUGCCCGCUUCAUUUGGCUGAUUGUUUAUAAAAAGAUUACUAGUGGACCAAUUAGAAGACCACUGGUGGCAAAGCAAAUGUGGUAUUACUUUGUCAGUCUGAACACUUUAUAUCUCUUUAUAAAGGUUAUUUAAUAUCCUUAAAUUAAAUAAGUGCAUUAUUAAAUGCAGUAUUUUUGCCGUCACUAUUCCAGGAUUUAUCAAGAGUCUGUUUGAAAAGAAGAAAACCUUAAGAGACAUUUAAAGCUGAAGAAAAAACUUUCACAAAUUUAUUCACACAUUUAAGCUUAUCCUUCCAUUGCAUUGACCAUAGUGCUUUAUACUUCCAGCGAUUGUUGAUUAAAGUCAUGAUCAUUAUUAUUUUAUCAUAUAUUUUGUUGUCUCAUACUCCACUCUCGGAGAGAUCCUGCACUUUUAAAGCCAAAUGGUACAUCGUGUGGUCUGUCAUGUCAGUCUAACGCUUGUUUCAGUGUUGACACGGUUCAUGUAUUCUGUUUACAUCUAUUCAACGUUUAAUGAAAUAGGAUGUGUGUUCCUGAACAUUGAUAACAUGUGGGUCAUGCGUCGGCAUUCUUCUUUAAUCAUUUACACCCUGUUCUUGCUGCACAGCUCUAUACAGGUGCAUAUAUACUUGUGUUUCUGUUAUCUGUGCCGAGGACAAGUUUAAAUCAGUUUUUGUGUCUGGCUUUUUUAUACUUCAAAUAAAUGUAUUUGUUCAUGGGUAA